CUGUAACUUUCAGACACAGAACUGGAGAAGUUUUGCCCGAGCGAGCCCUGACAAAACACUAGAGCAACUCCUGUCUGUUUUAGACAUUUAUCAGCGUUCUUGCGGAACACACACACACACACACAGUUCUUGCACUGUUGGCAAAUCCCAUAGCGCUUGGAAAAGAGCGGAAAUAUUUGGCCUCACAAAACCGCCUGAAAUCAGUGGUUUCAGCCAUGAGACUAAACCUCAUUCUGGUACUAUCACUCUGCGUUUGCCUGACCUUCAGUCUCAAAGAAGAUCAGAGACGUCCCUUAACACGAGGAAAAAGGCCAGGUGUCAGUCCGAAACAAGCAAGGAAACAGACUUCUAACGUCUUGCAGCAGAGUAAAACACCAGAGGGGAAUGGACAGGAUGGAUCCAUUUUAAUUGACUCUUACAAGAACACCAAGGAGCCAAAGCCAAACUACGAUAUGACUCCAGGGAAGACUGAGCACUGUGUGUUUCAGGGCAUCACCAUGUUUGAUAAAACUAUGUGGUCACCAAAGCCUUGUGUGACCUGCCAGUGCUGCAGUGGUGAGGUGGUGUGUGACCAAAUCAAGUGUCCUGUGGUACGGUGCCAACUCAAAUUUCAACCAGUCAUAGAGUGCUGCCCAAUUUGCAUAGACCCAGUCAUCGAUGUCCCUGAGACUUCUGGAGACUCUCCUGUUCCCAACGAUCCUGCUGAGCUUGAUACGGAAACAUCUCGAAGCCAGACAGACAGGAAAGAAAGACAGAAAAAAGACGAGGAGGAACGGAUUCACAAAAAAGACGAUGAACGCAAAUGGAGAAAGAAGCAAAAGAAAAAGGAAGCCGAGAGACAGAGGAAGUUAAAAGAGGAGGAACAAAGGAGGCUACGAGAAGAAGAAGAAGAGAGAACAGCGGCAGAGGAGAGAAGAAGAAGGAUGGAAGAACAGCAGAGGGUCGAGCAGGAGAGGGCUCGCCGACUAGAGAUGGAGCAGAGAGAGAUGCUGAGAGCUCUGGAGGAAGAGUCUGAACAUGCCCAGGAAAAAGGGGAAGGGCUCCGAGGAGAUGAAGCCACUGAAGAGGAAGAAGCUGUCUGGUUGAGGGGAGACGUUUUCCAAAUGCCACCCUUGCUGCCCAUGGCAGCCCCAGGUCGUCCUCCUCUCCCACCUCUCCAGAAACCAAGUGAACCAGGCAAGGAGGAACAUGAGAUGGUUACCACCUUGCUACCUCCAGGUUGUUCGAUAUCUGAUGUCAUCGUCACCUGUGAGAAUGCAAAACUGACGGGUAUACCUCCGCUGUCCAUCCCCGAGCUCAAAUCACUUGGCCUACAGGGCAAUGAAAUCAAAACAAUUCCUGCUGGAGCAUUCAAUGGUAUUCCCAACCUGGAGAGGAUAGACUUUGGGAAAAACCAAAUCUCAUCAUCAGGAAUCGAUCCACAAGCAUUUAAAGGUCUUAAAUUCCUGUCUCGCUUGUACAUGGAUGGAAACCUUCUGGAACAAAUUCCCUCUGAGCUUCCAUCAACACUCCAGGAACUGAAGAUAAAUGAGAACAAUCUAAAGGAAAUCGAGGAAAACAGCUUUGAAGGUCUUGGCAGUCUGGUUACCUUGGAAAUGGAGGGAAACUUGCUCAGUGAAGGUAAUGUGAAUCCACAGGCCUUUAAACCUCUGAAAGAACUGACUUAUCUUCGACUGAGCAGGAACUAUUUCCGUACCAUUCCUCAGGGACUACCUGCAUCUUUACAGGAGUUGUACCUGGAAAAUAAUCUAAUUGAAGAAAUCUCUGGAACGGCAUUUAAUGACACAACAAACAUCAACGUUGUUGUACUACGACAUAACAAAAUAGAUGAGUCAAGGAUUGCGCCGUUAGCCUGGAUCAAUCAAAGGAACCUGGAAUCUAUAGAUCUUUCACACAACAACUUCUAUCUGGUUCCAUCCUUCCUCCCGAAGUCACUAGUUCACCUGGUGUUGUCCGGGAAUCAGAUUGAACGCGUUCCAGGAUACGUGUUUGCACACAUGGAGCCUGGCCUUGAGUACCUCUACCUCUCUUACAACAAACUGGACGGUGAAGGCAUUGAGCCGGAGUCCUUUUUUGGCACCUUCAACACUAUGACAGAACUCUGUCUGGACCAUAACCAGCUCACGGCUGUUCCCAUGGGAGUUAAUGAGAUGACAACUUUACGCUUCCUCCGACUUAACAACAACAAAUUAAGGCAUAUAAACGAAGACGCCAUCUGUGACCCCUUGAAUGACGAUGACUCCCAUCUAGCCCUCCUUCGCCUAGAGAACAAUUUCAUUGAUGAACGGAAAAUACCACCGGCGGCUUUCUCCUGUGUCCGUUCCUUCUCUAGUGUCGUUUUAAAGCCCCAGGGGAUUAAGUAACCAUCCAGCGAUCUACAAAUCUUGUGCCGAUAGCAAAGCACUGAACACUGUAAAUACAACACCAAUAGCAUUCCUGUGAAAUGCGCAGUAAUCAAGGAAAUAUAAGUGAAAUAAGCAACCAUUUUGUUUCAUCCCAAAAAAUUGCUACCAGAGACACAAUUCUUUAGUUAAACUCUGUUUGGCAUGUUUAUGAUCUCCAGCUUGUUUUCAUGGCUUUUAUAGUGUAUAAGAGUCUUCAGUGUAUAAGAUUGUACAUGACAACUGCCUGGAGGAUCGUGGAAGCAUGCAGUCAUUGUUAGCACCUGCCUAUGUGUGUUUUUGUAGGGGUCUUAAGGGGAUGAUGCAUUGAUCAACUGUACAUUAAUUCAAGAAAAACGUUACUAUAUCAUUGUAAUCUAUGUUCAUUUCCAUUCUAUUUCCUUUGUCACAGUAUUACGUUUGAGAUGUCUAUCAAAGUGAAGUUACUGAAACACAGGAUACAUGUUUUGCAGCUUUUCUGAAAUAUGUUUAUAAAUGAAAACAGCAAAAGCUCACCGGUUUCAUCAUGCAUAUUUCAACUAAGAUAGGACCACUAAGGACAUGUUACUACUGAGAGAAAACACUAACUAACUGCAUAAUUGAUAUUUACACUGUCCAGAAAUGUUCUGUUUUGUUUUUAUUAAAAAGCUAUUUGAGUGCAUGUCAAUUAGUGAAGAAAUCAAUAUAGCUUCUAGGAGAAGUUAACUCAAAAAUUACAAUUGCGUUUUUAAAGAAUUAAACAUUUACUAGGCAAGUGCAUAGACUCAGUCAUCAUUCUCUUUUAUUGUAUGGACAAAUAACACAAUUAAAGUGAAUGAUGACUGAGGUUGUCAUUCUGCCAAAUAUUUCCAUUUGUGCUCCAUAUGGGUUUGAAACGACAUGAGGGUUAUUUUCAUUUUUAGGUGAACUAUCCCUUUCACUAGAAUACUAUUCUCCUACUCGCACUAUUUUCUAUUUUAGUCUAUCCAAAUAUGUGGGUAAAAUGAGGCAAUUGAAUGCUUACUAUA